AGCGGUGGUGGUGGAGGAGGAGGAGGAGGAAUGACGGGUGGCAUCACAGGGAAUGGAAGUGAUACCUGAAACUGCAUGUGUUAUAUGUGUGGGACGUGGACUUUGGGGAAUGGAAAUUUACUCCUAACAUCACAGAGGGAUUUGGAUCUCGUUUCUCAGCUUUUUCUGCCAAACUGGCAACAUGAAACACACACUCUGGUGGAACUUGGCCAGGUUUAUUGUGUUCUGGAGGCUGGUCCAUGCGCAGUCCGGGCCAGAUGGGGAGAUCACUGCAGAAGAGCAAGUGCAAAUGCUCCUGGAUGCCAAACUUCAGUGCCUCCACACCGUCUCUACACAUGACCUGGCAGUGGACGUGUGCCCUGCAGAAUGGGAUGGAUUGAUCUGCUGGCCACAAGGCUCGUCUGGAUUUCUGACCAAAGUGCCAUGUCCCAGAUACAUCUAUGAUUUCAACCAUGCAGGCUAUGCCUAUAGGAGGUGUGAAUCCAACAACUCUUGGGUGCUUGGAGAGGGCUUGAAUAAGACGUGGGCUAAUUACACCGAGUGUAUAAAAUCUCCCGGGCAAAACAGUGAGCGACAAGUAUUUUUUGAGAGGCUUUACAUCAUGUACACUGUGGGGUAUGCAGUGUCCUUUGGCUCUCUUCUGGUGGCCAUCCUUAUCAUUGGAUACUUUAGGCGCUUGCAUUGCACAAGGAACUACAUCCACAUGCACCUCUUUGUGUCCUUCAUACUACGUGCUAUAAGCAUCUUUAUAAAAGACCGGGUGGUGCACACCAGCGCUGGACUCCAGGAGUUUGACGCUGUGCUCAUGAAUAAUCUCACAAACACAGUGGAUGUGGCACCAGUGAACACCUCUCAGUAUAUAGGUUGUAAGGUGACAGUUCUUCUGUUCAUCUAUUUUCUGGCAACAAACUAUUACUGGAUCCUGGUGGAAGGCUUGUAUCUACACAGCCUCAUCUUCAUGGCCUUCCUUUCAGACACUAAGUACCUCUGGGGCUUCACUCUGAUUGGAUGGGGUGUACCUGCUCUUUUUGUGUCAGCCUGGGCAAUUGUAAGGGCAACAGUGGCAGAUUCCAGAUGCUGGGAGCUAAGCGCAGGCAACAUCAAAUGGAUUUAUCAAGUCCCUAUCCUGACAGCCAUUGGGCUAAACUUUAUCCUGUUUGUGAAUAUUGUUCGGGUUCUGGCAACCAAGAUCCGGGAAACCAACGCAGGCAGAUACGACACGAGAAAACAGUACAGGAAGCUGGCUAAAUCCACGUUGGUGUUGGUGUUCGUUUUCGGUGUGCACUACAUCGUGUUUGUUGGGAUGCCGCAUACCUUCAAGGGAGUCGGCUGGGAAGUGCGGAUGUACUGUGAGCUCUUCUUCAACUCCUUCCAGGGUUUCUUUGUGUCCAUAAUCUACUGUUAUUGUAAUGGAGAGGUCCAGACAGAAAUAAAAAAAACCUGGACACGCUUGAACCUGGCCUUCGACUGGAAGGGUCCAGUAGUAUGUGGCACUUACCGGUAUGGCUCAGUGCCAACAGGCCUCAACAACAGCACCAGCAGCCAAUCACACCUGGCCACAGGAGCACCUGGUACACGCUCCACCACACUCUUCUCCAGUCGUGUGUACCGCAGCACUGGAGCCCCCUCCAUCAGUGCCCACAUGGCUCUGCCAGGCUAUGUGCUUAACAAUUCAGACGCUGACAGCCUACCACCAUCCAUUCCUGAAGAGUCAGAGGACAGUGCAAAGCAGGUGGAUGACAUUCUGCUGAAAGAGUCACUACCUGCGCUACCUAGUAGCGGCCCUGAAGAUGAUGAAGAGACAUUGUAGAUAACAAGACCUGGACUGUGACAUACUAUUGAAACAUUUCACCAUUCAUCUGAUGACAGGAUGUUUUACCACAAGCCUUGAUACCCUAAGGAUCAAGCUACUGCACAAUAAUCAUGGUAUACUUGAGAUUACUCAGAAGAAGAAGAAAUAAGGGACAGACUUACACUCUUUAAGACUCUGAUCUACUUCUCGGUUAGCUAACUUAGGUUCUUUUUAAAGCACCCAAUCUAAUCAGUGGAAAUCAUGCCUGAACUGCUACAUUACCACUGUCUUAUUUAACUUAUAUUAAAAAAUUCCCAUCUCAUUCUUUCUCCUCUAGUUACAAAGAUUCUGCAUGAGACUUCGCACAGGCUUGACCACUUCAUUAGUCCCUUUCACUACCCAUGUGACACCAUCUAACACACUGAUCACAGAAAUCAGGUUUUGUGAAACUGCUUCUCUUUCUGAGUCAGGGAAGUCUUAACCAUAUGAGUUAUACUUUAUCAUCCUUGCCCUUUGGGGACUUGAAAGGAUAGGCAGAGACAUACUAAUAGACUGAUAAUUAAUCAGAUUUUUCUCAAUCAGUCUCAUUCAGGACAAUUGCACAUUAUGAUCCUAAUGCAUUUACUACCACAUUAAUUCAAGUCUCAGCUUUAAAUCUUCCCCCUACAAGAAGGCCUUUAAUAGGAUACCUUUACACCUCCUCCAAGAACUUUCAGAUCACUCUUCCAGUUGCAGCUGGAAUUGAGACCCUCAUCUUCUAGCCACAAUACAUUCAUUUCCAGACCAAGAUGCAAGAUUUUGAUUCUUUUUGGGAACCUGGCUACCAACCUUCAAAGCAAAAGUCAUGCAGAAGUCCUUCCUAAGCUCUCAAAGUUUAUUUAAAACCGUUUGUAGUUAGCUCAUUUAAAACUUUAAAAUGUUUUUAUGCUUUAAUUUUGUUUUGGGGAUUUGGGUCUAUAUCUUGGAGGAGAAUUCAGGAGGAAUUCAGACCUUUUUAGCAUUCAGGGCUCAGAUAUUAUGGACUUGAUCUUGGUUCUGUUUUAAUAUAGAUGUCUCCAGAUACAUUGCUAUGGAGCCUGAGGUGUUAGCACAUGAGGCUUGGUGCAGCUUUUCAUGCCACUUCAAUUGUAUCAAAUGUUUUUUCCCGAAUUUUCAGUUUACUCGUUCCACAGACAAUCACUAUAUCUGCAUAAAAGUAUUACACAAGGGCUAAGGACAGCGAUGAGCUGAAUCAUUCAUUCAUUCUUUCAUUUAUUCAUCUUCACUAUGCCCUUUAUCCUGGUCAGGGGUAACAUUUUUCUAGCUCCUGUCCCAGAGCUUCAGUCCAUCACAGGGCACCAUGCGCACACACACACACACAUUCAUUCACAUGUAGCGUAAUUUAAAGUAGCCAGUCCACAUGCACAGAAACUCUGUUACCUGAGUUCAGGAUGAAACCGUGGAGCUGUGAGGUGGCAACCUGCUACCUGCUACUCACUGACUAUACACUAGUAAAUAUUUUGAAUGAAUGAAAAAAAGUUGUGUUCAUGGUGUAAUGUUUUUUUGUUAAUUAUUAUUAUUAUUAUUAUUAUUUUUGUACAUGCCAAAAGUCUUGGUAAUGAGGCAUAUAUAAUUGCUUGGAUCGUUUUGUGUAAAAGCAUGUUCUAAAUGCUGAUCCUUCUGCAGGUUAUGUGAUUACAGAUUAUUUCCUAUAUAAAUUUUAAAUUAAGUUAUAUGUCAUGGUGGGUUUUCCCCUAAUAAAGCAACCGUUUUUGUUGUUGUUAACCCUGCACUGAUUAGCAAGAAAGUAUUCUCUUAAGCAUGAGCAAGACAGUUAACCUUCAAUCCCUCAGUUGUAUACAAUAAGAUAAGUCUCUCUGGAUAAUUAUGAAAAUGGAAAUGUCUUAUCUGUAUGUUUGGAUUAAUUGCUGCAAGAUAGACUUUUUGUAUACUGUUAUAUAUAUUAUAUAGUCCACUUUCUUGCAAAAAAAAAAGGUCACCCUAUUAGUAAAUAAUUUAUGUCAUACUCUUGAUUUUAAAAAGAUUUGACAUAUGAUGUCUUUGGUUAUAGCUUAUCCCAAUAACAGAAUGUGUUUUAUCCUAAUAAGAUUUUACAUAUGUACAUAACGUAUUUCUUCAGAUACAAAAAUGGAUCAGAUUGAAUCUUAUUCCUGAGUCACUGUGCCUGUAAUUUGCAAUCAUGCACUGUACACACCAACAAAAACUGCUUUUGUAUCAGUAAAUGCAGUACAGACACUUUAAUUUUUUGUUAAAGCAACAUAAGUUCUAGCAGUUUGUUGCUAUUUCCUGAAAAAGACAUCCAUGCACAUGUCUGGUUACUUCAAAACCUAAUAACUGUCAAAUAAAGACACUAAAGACACCACAUAAAAGCUUUACCACCCAUAAGGACAAAGCACGCUACCAAGGGUUUCCAUUGUGCAAAAACCCUGCUUUCAUAAAUAUUGGCACCCCCACGGUUAAUAAUUAGGUGAAGCCCCCACUGGGCAACAGACCCUGUGAAAGACACAUUAAAGGUACGAAUGAUGCACCCUUGGAGAUAUCACAACAAUAACAACCAAAAGUACAGUUUUAUUUAUACCAUCUUUAUUAAACUAGCUUUCUCUUAACCCAUCCCCAGUGCUUAACUGACAUGCUUGUACGUUUAGUCACUAGUUUCCUGGAUGAAAAUAAAUCAUUAUGUUUUUCAGUAGCACACACAGCACAAGAAAUGUUUUUGUUGCAAGGAUUUAUUUGUUAAAUUUUAAGGGUGUCAAUAAUUUUGACAAGUUGUCAUAAAAUCCAUCAUUUAAAAAUGUUUUUGAGAGAUGAGCGCAAGAGGUAACAU